UUCGCGCCUUCACGGGCCAGUGUCGUACCGACCGUCGAAAGGAAUAGACGUAUCGUCGGUCAGCACGACUUCGAACUCGUAACAACUCGCCGAACGAAUCAUGAGGACCAAUUGUAAAAGAAAUAUUUAAUUUGAAUAGUGUUUUUUUGUGCUGUGCUGUGACUUCAAAGUUAAUUUUUGACAAUGGCCAUAUUUUUGUGUGUAUUUUUAUGCGCGUGGGCCGUAGCCCAAGGGUUUAAUGUGGACAUCCCUUCGAAUGUGGUGUACAGGGGUAACUACAAGUCCAUGUUCGGAUUCACUGUCCAGGCCCAUGUGGAUGGCAACAGAAAAACGAUAUUGGUGGGUGCGCCGGAGGACGAUCCGUUCAGACUGGCGGGGGUGUCUCGGCCGGGUGCGGUGUACCGCUGCGACCCUGCGCGUCGCACAGCGCAACCUUCCCUGGCGCCCUGCAGCAUUAUGGACUUCGAUAAGAAUAAAGGAAACAACGUGGACACGCAGCAUCGACAGAUCGAUCAGAAAUCUAACCAGUGGUUCGGAGCGACAUUGUCAAGUACUGGACGGAAUGGACCCAUUGUGGCUUGCGCGCCGCGCUAUGUGUCCUUCGUGUCAGCUAAGCUGAACCAGCGAAAUCCUGUCGGCUCUUGCUUCGUGGCUAAAACUCCUGACGCUGUUGACGUCACGGAAUACUCACCAUGCAGAAAUUCGAGCCACGGGCAGCGCAAGACAGGCGUGUGCCAAGCCGGUUUCUCCGCUGCUUUGUCGAAGGAUGGCGAAAGACUGUUUAUGGGAGCGCCUGGUACAUUUUAUUGGCAAGGAAGAACGAUUUCAAUAGACACUAGCGCAAGGUUCGACUACUUUAUGCCGAAGGAAGGUCAACUCAAAGUGCAGAUGAUCAAUGGCAAGAGGAGUCUCAUCGCUACAGAAGAGGCCAGCUCUAGUUACGACGACUCGUACAUGGGCUACUCUGUGACUGUGGGAGAUUUCGCGGCACAGGGCGAGCAAGCAGUAGCCGUAGGUGUACCUAGGGGGGCAGAUUUAAAGGGAUUGGUUGUACUCUACACGUGGGAUUUAGUGAACAUCAAGAACAUCACGGGUUCACAAAUCGGCGCUUACUUCGGCUACUGCCUGGCCACGGGCGACAUCGAUGGUGACGGCACUGAUGACGUCAUCGUCGGCGCUCCCAUGUUCACUAAGCCUAAGUCCAGUGGCUACGAGCACGGGAGAAUCUACGUCAUCUAUCAAGGAAAGGAUCGGUUAUUUGUAAAGAAUCACGCGCGUACUGGAGAAGUAUCGAGGGGCAGGUUUGGAUUGGCCAUCACAUCGCUUGGAGAUAUUAACUACGAUGGAUUCGGAGACAUAGCUGUGGGCGCGCCGUACGGCGGCGAGAACGGCAAGGGCGUGGUGUACAUCUACCACGGCGGGGAGGACGGUAUCGCAGAGAAGUACUCGCAGGCGAUCACCGCCGAGGAGAUCAGCCCCUCUCUAACCACCUUCGGCUUCUCGCUCUCCGGCGGAGUGGACCUCGAUGACAAUCACUACACAGAUCUCGCCGUUGGUGCUUACAAAUCUGACAGCGUUGUGUUCCUGAAGUCCCGACCCGUGGUGAAGGUGAUGGCAGCUGUGAAGUUCACGGGCACCACGAAGCUGAUCUCCAUGACCGAGAAGAACUGCCGGCUGUCGAACGGCACGCAGGUCUCCUGCGCACAUCUCAUGUACUGCCUCUCUUACAACGGGAUCAAUGUCGACCAGCAAAUAAAUUUCGAGGUGACGCUGGAGCUGGACUCGCGGCAGAAGAGCAGCAAGCGCAUGUUCGUGUUCGACACGCGCCAGACCACCUUUACCACGCACAUCCUGCUCACCAAGGGACAGGAGGAGUGUCGCGAGAUGGAGGUCUACCUGGACGAGGAGAUCCGCGACAAGCUGAGCCCCAUCGAGGUGAAGAUGAGCUACGAGCUGGUGACGCAGCCGUCGGGCGAGGUGGUGCCGCCCGUGCUGGACCGCACCAAGAGCAGCGCGCACACAGACUCCCUCAACAUACAGAAGAACUGCGGCCCCGACAACGUCUGCGUGCCCGACCUCAGCAUGGCCGCUUCCACUGAACAAACAAACUUCGUGCUGGGCACGGGAGAGAAUUUAAACAUCGACGUGAAGAUCUACAACUACGCGGAGGACGCGUACGAGGCGGCGUACUACCUGCAGCUGCCCGCCGGCGUCAACUACACGCGCAUGCAGCGCCUCGACAACGACACCGUGGUACUAAUUUUCUUAACAAUAUGUGCAAUGUUAUUCCAGCUGAACUUCCGCGUGGUGCUGGAGGUGGACUCGCAGGUGAAGGAGUUGAUCUUUGACAUGGAGGUGAACUCUACCAACCCCGAGCCGCCGCAGAGCCGCAACGACAACAAGAUGCGCCUCGCCAUUGCCGUCGUCGUUAAAGCUGAUCUAUCCAUCAUAGGCACGUCGGACCCCCCCGAGCUGCACUACAACGCGUCGCUGUACGACGCCCUGAGCCCUAAGAACGACUCCGCGCUGGGCCCGCAGAUCGUCUACAAGUACAACAUCAAGAACGAGGGGCCCUUCGCCGUCGACGAAGCGGACAUCUACAUUAUGUGGCCUUACCAGACACUCACAGGCGAGAACCUGAUGUACAUGGUGGUGCAGCCGCAGAGCCUGGGCGAGCUGGUGUGCGACGUGGCGCGCCACGUCAACCCUGACAACCUGCAGGUCGCCAACCCCUACGCCUACAUGCUCACCAAGGAGAAGGAGGCUAUGUUGAGCAGCGGUAUGUACGCCGCCGCCCAGCUCUCUGGAGGCGCCGGAUACUACGGACAACAAUUCUGGGAACAACAAACUUUCACAAAUGACAACAGUCAGAGCGGUCAAGUGUCCGGUGGACAAGUGUACGGCGGCCAGGCUGCUGGCGGACACCGCGCCAUUGUGCCAACUACACACGGAUAUUUGGAUCAAUUUUUUAUCGGUCUCGGCAACAUGUUGAAAGGGAUCAAAGAUAAAAUUCUCGGUGUCUCUUACAGUGACUUAGAGAAACUGCAGCAAGAGAACGAACAUUUAAAGCGACAAAACGCGGCUAUGGUGCACAGUGACCGCAAACCCGAGGAGAUACACGUCCACAACAACAACUAUAUGAUGAUGAAUCCAAAUAAAGUUGAUCCGGUAGACGGUGAUGUAUACAGACUGCAGCAAGAGAACGAAUAUUUAAAGCGACAAUACGCGGCUAUGGUGCACAGGGAUCGCAAACCCGAGGAGAUACACGUCCACAACAACAACUAUAUGAUGAUGAAGUCAAAUAAUGAUGAUCCCGAUAGAACGGCUAUAGGCAUUGAUCUGAGAAGCUUGUGA